AUGCGGUUCUCCAGUGUUUUGUUUUUGCCAUUGGUAUUAUUAAAGUCAGUGUCUUCAACAACCAUGGAUUCAAAGGCGCUGUCCUCGUCUAUCGCAAAAUUUUCGGCUAAGUUCUGCAAUGAAUUGGAGAAGAAGACCAGUGUUGUUGCGUCACCUCUCUCCGCUGAAUAUGUACUAGCACUUGUUGCGCUAGGCUCUGAAGACCCAGCUCAUGCUGAAUUAUUGCAAACACUUGGACUUCCUGGAGAUGAUGCAGUUCGCUCAGCAUUCACCAAUGUGUCAGCAAAGUUGAAGUCAGUUAAGGGAAUCACUCUAAAUGUGGCUAACAAAGUGUACGUCCAAGAUGGUGGCUACGAGCUGAACAGUGCUCUUCAAAACGAUGCGGUGAAAGUAUUUGAUGCAGCCAUUGAAAAGCUUGACUUUGCAAGAGCUGGGGCAGCAGAUACCGUCAACAAAUGGGUGGAAAGCAAGACCAACAACCGCAUUAAGGAACUGUUAACAGCAGACAGUGUUAACAGUGACACUCGGCUUGUCCUCGUUAAUGCUCUGUACUUCAAGGGUUUGUGGCUGAAGCAGUUCGACAAAAUGAGCACAAUGGAUCAGCCAUUCCACCUCGACGAGACCAAGACCGUGGACAUCCCAAUGAUGUUCAUAGAGGAAGAGUUUUCGUACGGUGAAAGCACAGAUCUCGGAGUGCAGUACUUGAAAAUGCCGUAUAAGGGCGAGGAAGCGAGUAUGCUGAUCGUUCUCCCUGAAGAGAUAAACGGUCUGGACAAGGUUCUUAAGAAGCUGGCUGAUGGCUAUGACCUCCUGGGCGAUGUGGACAAGAUGGGCGAAACGAAAGUUCGAGUUACACUGCCAAGAUUCAAGAUCGAAACCGAAAUCGAUUUGGGAGACCUUCUGCCUAAGCUCGGAGUCAAAGCUAUUUUCGACCAGAAUAACUCUGGCCUCACGAAGCUCUUGAAUUCCGAUGAGAAAUUGUUCGUAUCGAAAGCGGUGCAAAAGGCAUUUAUUGAAGUCAACGAGGAGGGCGCCGAAGCAGCAGCUGCGACUGCGAUGGGUAUCAUGAUGUGUUCAGCUAUAAUCGACGAGCCACCAGUACCCUCCUUCACUGCUGACCGACCAUUUUUGGCUGUGAUUCUUGUCGAUAAUGUUCUAUACUUUACGGCGACCUAUCGCGGAGCAUAA